ACCCGAGGAAGUGAUCUACCUUUAAGACGCUCGCCACAAUUUUAGACGCAAGGUGGACGAGUUAACCAAGCAACAAAGUUUCACAUAAACUACUCCCGAUAGCGUUAUUUUAUAAACAGAUCGUCCUCAAACCUCCACACAUGUCGUCGACGUUGGAUUUCCGGACCCAUGCCGACCAGUCCUGUAGGUAUGCAGAAGAAUUCGUCAACAUUUAUUACGAUUGCAUGGAUAAGAAAAGAAGGAACCUAACCCGACUCUACCUGGACAAGGCUACCUUGGUAUGGAAUGGAAAUGCAGUGUCAGGCCAGGAUGCUCUGGGCGAGUUUUUUGAGACUCUUCCAUCGAGCGAGUUCCAGAUUCAUACAGUCGACUGUCAGCCAGUUCAUGAACAAGCAACACAAGGCCAGACUACGUUGCUGGUAGUGACUUGCGGAACAGUGAAGUUUGAGGGCAACAAACAGCGUUUCUUCAAUCAGAACUUUCUCUUAACAGCCCAGGCUUCACCAAAUAGCGACCAACCUGUUUGGAAGAUUGCCAGUGACUGUUUCCGUUUCCAAGACUGGAACAGCUGAGGAGCUAUUGGCUUGCUUUUCUUUUUUUUCCAGUUAUACUGCUCAGUUUAUUCUAACCAUUGUGUAAAUAAAAUCAUGUUUCUACGGGGUUUUUAAUAAAAUAAUUAAAAAGUUAA